AUGAUAGAAGUUGAAGAAAAACCUUCCUACAGAGCUUUCGUCAUAUCUCCUCCGCAGGAAAACCAAGACACCCCGAAAUUCUUCUCAGACGUGCUGAUAGAGGCUCUUUACCUCUAUGUUUCUCUGCCAUUUGACACCACACAUACCCUGAUAGUAUGUGUAUCAAUUAUUCCCUUCAGCAUUCCAAGCCAUCGCGGCCAGGUUUUCUAUCAUACAGAAGCCUCAUAUGCGCAGUGUUGUCAAGGUCUAGACAAAAGAUUAUUUAUGCCCACAAUUAUUAGUACAGCACAGAAGACUUACGGAAUUUACAUGCCAUAUCAUCCGUGGAAUUUUGAAAUGGCUGGUGAAAUCCACAGCCAGCACCAUGACUCAAGCUUCGAUUCUGAGCAACAUUUGUUCAUGGAAAAACUCGCGGGAUCUAUGCUGGGAACACCUCCAGCCGAACCACUGGCCGAUUAUUCCAUGCAAGAUGCACAAAGUUGCAGUGUCAUGCAUACAGCACCCCUAAUUCAACACGAAUGUCCAAUCACAAAAGUUGCGGAUGAAUUUCUGAACAGCUUCUGCAACAUAGAAUCCCAUGUCAUGGCGAUCAAUGGAGUGCGAACGAAUUCCCUGCUGACGAUUACCAAGAUAAAUACAAGAAUGAGGGAAGCUGGCUUUGAGGGAACUUCGCGUAGCCUGAAAACUCUCCGUGAUGAAACAAUUUUCAUAAAUCGGCUUGUGGCUUCGAUUGAUAUGUCACAUGGGACAGGCGUUGCAUCGCUGGUCUUCUAUCAUAUUUUCGGGGCCUCAAAUUACCGGCUUAUCCGCCUUAUGAAUCGUUAUGGUAGCGCUAAGAAGCUGCUCGCGAUACGAAGAAUCUGCGAAAACCUGCAAGUUUCCAGGCUUAUUGGCAAUCCCCUUCCCAUUCUGCGGAUACAUGAUCUGAUAGGAGAACAUAUGCCAGACCUUCCGUAUGUCCCCUGUACUCCAGACCGAUGCACCCUAUUGACAGUUGGCAGGAACAACGUAAUCAACGCCGCAAUAGGAUAUUUGGAUGUACACACCCCCUUAUCCAUCGAGCAAGACCUGGAUUUCCCUGGGUUCAAUCCUCAAUUAGCUUUCUCACAGUUAUGAUAAACAUCAUGUCUUUUCAAGCCUAACUAAACCCACCACUUCUUGAU